UCCAUCUGGGAGAUCGUCCCCUGGGAGCCCUGUACCUCUACUUUUAUCAACGCGGGGCGGGCGGUGAUGCUUUUGUCUUCCCGACGGAUUCGGGACUUAGCUGUGCGAAAAUCGAGAGCUACAUCGAUGCCGAAGUCCGAGUGGAAAUUUUGGAGAAAGUCUAAGAGGGCUGUUCUCGAAGAGAACGAGCAAGAAAGAAAGCGCAAGUGUUCGAUACCGUCAGUCGUCGUGACGCAGGUCAUUAGGCAGGACUACGAUCAACCACCUGAACAGAAAAUCCCGGAAGUCGAGGACGCUAGAAGAAAGACGAUGGAGCAUCCACUGAACAAUCGGCUGUCGCCGAAGGUCACACCGAUCACCGACGAUUACGAGAUUAGCAAUCACGUCCUGGGUCUCGGGAUCAACGGAAAGGUCGUGCAAUGCUACGAUAGAAACACGAGGCAGAAAUACGCUCUUAAAGUCCUGCAUGAUUGCGCAAAAGCACGCCGAGAAGUCGAGCUUCAUUGGAGAGCAUCAAAUUGCAGGCAUAUAGUUCAAGUUAAGGAUGUAUAUGAAAAUUCCUAUAGCGGUAACAAAUGUCUGCUGGUAAUCAUGGAAUGUAUGGAAGGCGGAGAGCUAUUUCAAAGGAUACAAGAUAGGCAAGACGGCGCUUUUACCGAAAGAGAGGCUGCGCAAGUGAUGUACGAGAUCUGUGUCGCAGUGAAGCAUCUACACGACAUGAACAUCACUCACAGAGAUCUAAAACCUGAGAAUCUUUUAUAUUCCAAACCUGAUAUCACUGGAAUCCUGAAACUCACCGACUUUGGAUUUGCUAAAGAAACACAUUUAAAAGACACAUUACAGACACCAUGUUACACACCUUAUUAUGUCGCCCCGGAAGUUUUGGGACCAGAAAAAUAUGACAAGAGCUGUGAUAUUUGGUCAUUGGGAGUAAUUAUGUACAUAUUAUUGUGCGGUUUUCCACCAUUCUAUAGUAAUCAUGGUCUGGCAAUCUCGCCAGGAAUGAAAAAGAGAAUUCGAUUAGGACAAUAUGAUUUUCCCAGUCCGGAAUGGUCAAAUGUAAGCCAAGAAGCCAAGAACCUUAUUAAGGGUAUGCUGUGUAUAGAUCCAGCGGAAAGGUUACAGAUCGAUGCCGUGAUGCGUAACAACUGGAUUGCUAAAUAUAUGGAAGUACCCGCCACUCCCUUACACACUGGACGCGUUCUGCGCGAGGGGGAAGAAAUGUGGCCUGAAGUACAAGAGGAGAUGACGCGGUCGUUGGCGACAAUGCGCGUCGAUUACGACACGGCGUGUUUGAAACAGCUCGAUCACACGAAUAAUCCCUUGUUAAAUAAACGGAGGCGCGCGAAACAGUCCGCCAACGCGACAGUCCCUGCAACACCCGCUAGUCCCACGGCCGCCUCUUAGGAAGAGGAUACUAUCAGAAAUUGGUUCUGGACGAACGGAUAUUUUUCUGAGUCAGAUACAGUAUGAUCACAAUGAGAACCGUUUUCUAACUGCUGCAUUUCACGAAGCAAAUGGAAUUCCGAAUUAGAAUAGUUUGAGUGAAGGGCAUCUAUUAAGGACACAUAUAUAUCGCACGAUUUACACUAUCAGCUUUCAAUUAUUUAGAUGUAAGAUCAAUUUUAGAGCGGUAACAAUAAUGUAAUGAGGACAAUAUUGCCCCAACGAAUGCAAGUAAGUGAUAUUUUUUUAAUUGUCGAACGAUCAGUUUUUCUCAAAUUGCAAAAUUUUAAAAU